AUGGGGGUUUUAUCACAAUGGAAGGCUUUACUCGUGAGUCUGGUAAUGGUGGCAGAUAUCGGGGUUGGAAGUCAAUUAGAGGAUGAAUUUGAUGUUUUUAAAUAUGUCGAUCCAUUCAUUGGAACGGCGAAAGGAGGUCAUGUGUUUCCUGGAGCGACUUUACCCUUCGGUAUGGCAAAAGCAGUUGCAGAUGUGAACAAUCCCGAUGAAAAGCAAGGAGGUUUUGCCUCGGAUAAUUCCGAUAUCACAGGAUUCUCUCAUAUGCAUGAUUCCGGCACGGGUGGUUCACCAUCACUUGGAAAUUUCCCGCUAUUUCCACAAACAGGCUGUUCUGGAGAUAUCUUGAAUAACUGUUUCUUCACCAAGACCGAUCGAGCAUCGAGAAGAAUUAAUGGGACUGCCGAGGCCCACCCAGGAUACUUUGCCGUGUCAUUAAACACUUCUAUCCAUACAGAAGCAACUGUCACAAAUCAUACCGCAUUGUAUCGAUUUACUUUUCCUUCGAAUUCGUCGUCCAAUGAUUUGUAUUCUACCCAGCAGGCCCCUCUACCUUAUAGUCCACUUAUCUUAGUAGAUCUAACAGAUUUGCCGGAGUCUCGUUCAAACGGUUCCGUCCAAGUCGAUCCAGAUACCGGAAGACUUUCCGGAACCGGAACAUUCAAUCCUUCAUUUGGAAUUGGAAGCUAUGAUUUACAUUUCUGUGCCGAUUUCAAAGGUGCAGAAAUUCGAGACACGGGAGUUUUCAUAAACAAUCGUGCCGGAAGUGAACCCAAGAAUCUCAGUGUUACCCCCGAUGGUAUAAAUUCACCUCCUCUUCCAGCAGGAGCCUGGACACAAUUUAAAGCACCAGCCAACAACCAAAUCCUUGCUCGGGUAGGCGUUUCGUUUAUCAGUAUCUCAAAAGCUUGCCAGAACGCCGAGAACGAAAUACCAGAUUUUGAUUUUGAGAAAGUGUUGACUGCUGCUGAAGAUGCGUGGAGAGAAAAACUUUCCGUUAUUAGUGUUGAUGCUACAGGUGUCAGUGAUGAGCUCCAAACUGUUUUUUGGUCCGGCACUUAUAGGGCUAUGAUUUCACCACAAGAUUAUACGGGGGAGAAUCCAUUGUGGGACAGCGAGGAACCUUAUUAUGACUCUUAUUAUUGUAUUUGGGAUUCUUUCAGAAGUAUUCAUCCGUUGUUGACUUUGUUGGAUCCCUAUAGUCAGACACAGAUGGUGAGAAGUUUGAUUGAUGUUUAUCGUCAUGAAGGAAAACUUCCGGACUGUCGAAUGUCGCUUUGUAAAGGAUUUACUCAAGGAGGUUCAAAUGCAGAUACUGUUUUAGCAGAUUCUUAUAUCAAGAAUAUCACUCAAGAUGUGGACUGGGCAACCGGUUAUGAAGCAGUGGUAUCUGAUGCUGAAGAUGAGCCAGCAGACUGGUCCAUAGAAGGUCGAGGUGGCCUUACCAGCUGGAAAAAUCUCGGUUACAUCCCCACCGAUGACUUCGAUCCUUACGGAGUAGGACCUAUGACCCGCUCCAUCUCCCGAACAGUAGAGUACGCUUAUAACGAUUUCUGCAUUGCCGAAAUAGCCCAGGGGCUCGGCCACACCGGCGACGUAGAAAAAUAUCUCGGACGCGCUGAGAAUUGGAAAAACAUUUACAAAGCCGACCAAACCUCCUUCGUCAACGGAUCCACCGACGCACCCGACUCCAUCGUCGACACUGGCUUCACCGGAUUUCUCCAACCCCGCUAUUUAAACGGAACAUUCGGUUACCAAGACCCCACCCUCUGCUCUCCCCUCUACAACUUCACAUCCUGCUACCUCAACCCCAACGGCCACGAAACCUACGAAGGCAGUUCCUGGAUGUACACCUUUUUCGUACCCCAAGACAUGGCCUCCUUAAUCACCACUCUCGGCGGUCCCUCCCUCUUCACCUCCCGCCUCUCCUAUCUACACACCUCAGGGCUCCUCUACAUCGGCGACGAACAAGCCUUCCUCCCGGUCUUCCAAUUCCACUAUGCCGGACGCCCCGGCCUCUCCGCCUACUUCUCCCACUUCUACAUCCCCUCCCAAUUCAACACCACGGUCGCCGGCAUCGCCGGAAACGACGAUUCCGGCGCCAUGGGCUCCUUCACCACGCUCUCCAUGAUGGGUCUCUGGCCCGUCUCAGGCCAAAACGUCUACCUAAUCACCCCUUCCUAUUUUCCCGAAGUUAGCGUCAAGAACGGACAAACGGGCAAGACAGCCACGAUCAAAAAUUUCAAUUUCGAUAGCGCGUACGAGAAUAUCUAUAUCCAGAGCGCGACGCUUAAUGGCGAGCCGUGGACCAAGAAUUGGGUGACGCAUGAUUUUUGGCUGGAGGGUGGCGUCUUGGAAUUAACGCUGGGGAGAAAUGAAAGUGCGUGGGGAACGAGGGAUGAGGAUUUACCGCCCAGUGCGUCGACGAUGGAGUGGUAG